GGAGCCCUGGAGGAUACUUGAUCUGUAUUAUUAGCCUGUAUACCAUCAUCUUCGCAAAAUCUAUCGCCCACGUGUGAUAACCAGAGUUGUCUACCGUUUCUUGCCAUAUUGUUUUCUUUCUCGUUGAUCUGCCAAGGUAAGAUGCACUGUUCCUAUAUGCUUGUGUGCAAUCAGUUGGAUGUCGACUAUACCCGUUGAGUGAUGAAAUUCGCAUGGUUAGACUUGCUAACAAACCCUCAGCCAUCGUCGUUUUGUUCUUCUCAUCUCUACAAUGUACGACCACGAUGACCUGAACAGUCCUUCACACCAGCCAUCUGUAGUCAGCCCAUGUUCGGACAGGCCGCCUCAAUUCAAUUGGAGAAACUGCGGAUAUGAUUGUGGAGAAGGAUGCGAGAAGCCCAGCGAGGAUGAAGGCGGUGCUGGAGUAAGCGACGAAGAGACUGCCGUUGAUGCGGACGAGGAUCAAAGUUCGAUGACUGAAUCGCAAGACGAAGAUGUCGGAAUGGCUCACGAUAUAAACGACUCCACAACAGGUUCCUCAGACCAAGAUCCGACAGACUGUAUUAAUACUGUCGCUUAUGGACAACCGCCUGAAGGAAGUCUGAUCGUCGAACCGUGUGUUACGGCGGACCACUCUCCAUUUGCACACAGCCCAGUAACCUCCACCGGCGGAAGCACUCGCAGCCGAUCGCCUGAUCCAGGAAUUCUUUAUUGGAUUAGUAGCAUGUCUUUUGCCACGCCAUUGCCUAUUGGCAUUGAAUACCAUUUCUUGCAGACACCUCUGCGUCUCAGCCCCCAGUACGAACACUGCCGCGGGGACCCAGCGUCUCAUCUGGUCGUUCCGGAUCGCUCGCCUCUCUGGUAUUUGGUGGAACAGUCGUGGAAUGGGUAUGCGCCUGCAUAUGGAUACAUCUCUCCGCCGUAGUUUGGGCUUUGCAGGGCUUGGUAGUAUGGCCUUCUCUUCAAGGAGUAUGGAGUUUGCUAUUUUGGCGCCGCCUUUACUGGAUGUCAAGUUCGCCUUGUGUUUCAGAAUGUUAGCAAUGUUUCUAUUGCGUUGGACGAGGUUUUGUCUGUAAGUCUG